AUGCAUAAAUAAAUUGUGCUCGUCCAGCAGCAGCCUAAAGCAAGCACCACUUGUUGCCUCGUCUCAUUCUCGUAGGUUGAGUCGAAGGGUGAACUCCAAGUUGAAGGGUUGCAUAAGCGUUGCCCUGUACUUCGUAGCUGUCGUAAUGCAGGGAAAUCACGUAAAAUAUUGAACUGUAAGGCGGUGCCAAUCUCUCUAAUAAUUUUAUUUAAGGACUAGCAGUGCUCCUAAUGUGUCGGGUACAAUUGAGACAAUCGUUGUUUAUUUGUUGUUACAACAAUUUGUGAUUGUGACCAUCAUACACAGAACUUAUCUCAAUCGUGCAUCUCAUCCUUCCGACCCAAUUCAGAUCAAAGUCGAUGUCUUGAAACUUUUUGUGAUCGUCGUGUUUGGAGGUGAUCAUAAGAAUAAAGUGACUGUCUCAUCUCAUCAAUUGGAUCAUUUAUAAGAUCAAGCACACAAAACUUAAUCCACAUUAUUUGUUGAGUGAGACCUAUUGUUCCAAUGACUCAUGGUGACAACAUCAAAUAUUGGUCACAUUAAGCAUUUGGACUUUAUGCAAAGAAAGUGUGAGAUAAGAAUGAGCUAAAAUUUGUAUAAGUACCCAACCAAGUGCUCCGUUAUUUAUUAUCUCAUCUCUCCAGCAGAAGCACUACACUCUGCAUAACUUGCUUAUCUCUCAACAUUUCAAGGCUUUUAUCCUUAUCUUCAUGCUCCUAACUGGAAAAGAGAGACUACGCAGAGAUUUAUUUAACCAGCCCCCUCCUUUCCACGCUCUGCUCAUAAGGGGAGAAUAAACGUUAUCGAAAUCUAAACAUUUUAAAAGCCAGAACCAAACCUGAGUGAUUCCAAUGAUGAGGAUGGAAUUGUCCAAACACAAAAACUCAUUUGUAAUGAGAAUGAUGAGUAACUAAACACUAAACAAAACAGGUUUCACUCAGCUUCACAAAUAAAUACUUACUGCUCUCGGAGGAGUGAGCAUAUAAUCUACAAUAGUGUUCUGGAGCUGGUUGGUCGGCUGAAUAAUAAUAUCCAUUUAACCCUCCUCGUCGUCUUCAUGUAUAAUAAGUAGACGCUCAAGAAGACGCUGUUGAGAUUUUAAAUUAACUCUCCACUUGCUGAACGGAGAAAGAAGAUGAGUCUCGAGUUGUGCAAGUGAAGUGCGAGUAAAUCACUGUGGGACCAUCAUCACAACAAUAAUUAUUUUAAUAAUAAUUGACCACAUUAUCAUAUGGGUUCCCAUUAAAGACAUUACUCAAAAAAGGAGUGGUUUCAUUCCUCUGAAAUUGCCGAAAAAUUGGCAAAACAAUAAUGAUUGUUAUCUCACAAGAAACAGCAGAGGAAGGAGUCUCAUCUUUACGACGGCCUGGUUGCUCUUGUCCAUGUUGCUGUCCUAUUGUUGCCGGUGGUGAAAAUCAAGAAGGUGGAGAGAAUCCUAAUUGGUGGAAAAGGCGAAGGAAAAUGAAAACGAGGAAAACUUAUGAAACCAAGCUUUUGAAUCCACAGAUUCAAAAAGAGCAAGAAAAAUAUAAUUAUGAUAAUGAUAAUGAUCCUGUCCGACGAGAUUGCUAUCUCCCAUCCGAAUCAGGAAUAAAUGAAACACAUGAGAAAUCAGAAUCGAAUAGUGCUUUAAGAGUAGAAAAUCUAAUUUGUGGCGAUAAUAUAAAAACUGUUGAUCAAAUAUUUCUACCCGAAAUUAGAAGGAACAAUAAUAAAGUGAACUACGCACUCGUCGUCCCAUCGUCUCACCAUCAUCAUCCUUUGGUUACCUUGAUAAACCUCCUGGUCAUACUCGUCACCUUUCUUCUCGUCAUUUCUUCAUCUCCGUUCACAUUGGUGAACGCUUUUCCGACAAAUGACUGUGAUUGGACUGGCAGUGGGACGCCAGAGAAUGUAGUGCAAGCCAUUUACCUGCGGUGUCAACAGGGUCAAAUUCUCUGGGAGAGGCCCAGAGGUGGCCUUCGAGUCAAUAUUUCUCCCCCCAAGUACUUUGUGGCUUUGGGACAAGAGGACAAGCCUUUUCGCCUCUGUCUGGAGUCGAAUGCGGGGACAAACUUUCAAGUAUUUCUAGAGCAAACCGAUGGCGUAUCGGAAAGUAGCAGUGGUAAUGGGGAACGACGCAAACUGCUACCAUUCAUUACUCCCAAGAAGAAAAAGUCAUCCACUUGUUACCGCAUAAACUCACCCUCUGCCACUAUUUACGUGGAAAGUCAACAUGGGGACCAGGACUUGCUGACCACAUCCCCACCACCAUCGACGACUACUACCAGUGGUUCGAAAGACCCUUAUCAAGUCAAAAUCUCGUAUGAAAUUGAAGAGCUCAAGAUUCCUCAAGAAGGAUUUUCCGAUGAUGAAUGCCGUCCUUGCAGCGAUCCUGAGGUGCUGCAGCUCUAUUGUGAAGCUGAUGUUGUUGCCCGAGGAGAGAUUUUAUCCGUACUUCCAAGUACCACUAGGAAAGGGAUGGAUAACCUUCACAUCAAGUCCAACUUGGUUGUUCACCAGAAUCAUCCAGUCUUUCAACCCUUAAAAUCAGGGAAUAAAAAUCUGCAGAAAUUCCUUCUCCAAGAUACUCCAACUUUUGAUCAAGACUCGCCCAAGAAGGUACCCAAGCUAGCAAAGUCCUCAUAUUUCGGAGGCAUCGUUUCCCACCCGUCCAAAUGUGCGGCACAAAGUGGACCUGGCCAAUUUCUUUGGUUGAUCAAACUCAGCUUUGGAAGACCAAAGAUUGGAUGUGUGGUCUACUGGGACAGAUGGAUGCAAGUCGCAAAGCAAGCCGAGGCGUUGGACAAGGCAAACUGUCGCUUGGUUUACCAGUAAUAACAGUGAAAGUAAAAGGAUUCUGAUGUCGAGAAUCGUACCAUUGUACCUUAUGCUAUGCUAUAAAGGAAGAAGUUAGUCAUUUUCUCCGAUUUUCAUGAUACAACAGGACAAAUGACAAACCAGUGUUGUUCAUUUGUCCAAUUCAGUAAAAAUGUUUUAAAUUUAUAUAAGAGCAAAUUGAAACCAUAUCGUUUUUGAUAUCACUCCCUUGAUCUGUUAAAUUUCAUUAGAAUGGGCGUAUCUGGAAUGAGUUUAAGCUAUGUUUAUCCAAUGCGAAGAGUGAAUGCGUUUGUGAUAGCGAAUAAUAUAUCUCAAGCCCCAUCCACGACCACAACUUACACUUUUUUUAUCAAGCUUUCUCAGUAAAUCACCCAACCCUAUUUGCUCGAAAGUGAAAAAAUAAUAAUUUCAGUGCCAACGCAUAGGUAUUACAAAUACUAUAUUUAAAUAUGUAUCAAUAGUUGAAUUAUAUUUACAAAUAUUUACCCAUGUUAAAUUAUUAUAACAUUAAUGAAACAGAACUUAUUAUAAUAAAUCGUACUUAAUCCAAUA